AGUUACCAGAUCAUCCUGUAGCUUAAUACCUUCACUUAUAUACUUCUUUAUUUGGAAGAGCUGUGUGAAAUUUCUAAACAUGGAAAUCUUGCCAUACAUGCCAUCUUACAGAGAGGUUGGUUCCAGAAUCAAUUUUGAAAUGUUGUGUUCUUAUCUUGCAACUUGUACAAUUAAUACUUUUGGUCAGAGAGACUUUUGUUGUGACAUACUUCAUCAGAGACGUUGUUACUAAUGGUAGGAACACCAUGGAAGGGACUCCACACUCUUCCACAGGGAGGUUCUAGUAUGAAAACACGGAAUGCUAACUGAUGUAACGCUCUCUCUUCACCAGCGCAGAUGUGCACCUUAAAUGAACUGUGGUACCCCCGGGUACCGCACGCUGGGGGCAAGUUAGUGCCAGGACCCUGCUCCCAAGUUCCGUCAGGUGCAGGGGCAUCACCUGCACAGGACCGAGAAUUUGUCAAGGCUGCGGAUGGACUAGUUGUGGGUUAGUCUGGGAGCUAAUGAAGCAGGAUAAUCCCUUUUUAUCUGAUGGCUUUCCCUUCUAGUUCCUAGGCCUUUGAAGUGCUACAGGUCUGAAAAUAAUUUGUAUAGACUUACUUUGCUCAUCUCUUAACUAGCAGAUAUGAAAGCAAACGAUUACCACAGUUAUUUCUUAAAUAAAGCCCAUUUUUUCCUGACUUCGGUGUCUUUUUGGCCUACCUCACCAUCUUCUGUCAUCCUCACUUGUACUUUGCCUCAAAGAUGGGGUCAUCUUCCUGAGUCCAGUCUUUCUGGGUCUGCCUUUGCUCCCAAAGGCAAGGUCACGCUUGGAACCUUCUCAGUUAUCUCUGUGGCCUCAUCCAACUAACUUAGCUCAAGUUCUGAAAUCUCUUCAUUCUUCUCAUUCCCUCAGUGCUUGUAAUUUGGGGUCUUCAGCUAGUUUGGUGUCCAUCUUUGUUAUCUUGGCAGAGCCCCAUAUCCAGCUGUUCCCUGCUCAUACCUUGGGGUCCCUUCUGUUCUUUCUUGGCCUUUGGAAAUCCAGCUCAACUUUGAAGGUUGAGUUGUCUGUCACCUUUCCUGCCACUCCCUCCCCUGGACUUUUUCCUGUAUGUCUCAUACUGUAUUUUCUUCUCUUCAGCUUGUUGGGUGGGACCUAAGCUCCACGAGGGCAAGUUCUGUGUCAUUUAUCUUGGUAUAUUCAGGGCCGGGUUCCUAGUAGUCGGUUAUCCUGUGCUUAUCUCGCCCCUCUUUCAGCCUGAGUAAUCCACGAGGCUGCUUUCUUUGUCAUUGGUGGGUGGGUAUUCUGACAGAAAGUUACCCACUGACCUCCGGCCUGUUUUCUCUAAAUCUUGUCUCCUUAGGUGAUUUCUCUGUGCCCGAGGGUUUUAUGUGGACAGGUAAAUGAAGCCCUGCUUAGUUACUGGCUAUUCAAGCCAGAACACCAUCCACUCCCAUAUUUAAGUCAUCACCAAGUUUUCUCUUAAGUGACUCUUGAAUUCCUUUACUUUCCUCAUCACCAGUGUGGUGGGAGGUGGGAGAAGCUACCCUCCUCUCUUGUGCAAAGAUUACUGCAGCCCUGCCUAACCCCCUCUGCUGCUCAGCGGCUCUUUCCAGAAUGUCAGUCUCCCCCUUCCCUUUUAUUUAAAAAAUUCCGGCUUUCCUUUGUUCCUGGAUAAAUGAAAGCAAACAUCCCUAAUGUGGCACCACCUUUGCACCGUCUGACAGAGAAAUGUCCUAAUCUUUUGAAGGCACAAGUGUGAUUUUCAUACUUUGAGAAGCAGAUGUUCUAGAAGAGGACACUUGUUUAGACUUAAAAUGGGGACUACUCUGUCGGAUGACUUAGGCACCUGGGGGACUAUAGGCUGUCCCCACAUUUAAACAUAAUUGGUUCCUAGAGCCUGCAACUGAAGAUAAGGCUGAAGAAUUUACUUGGCACUUGCUGCAUUUCUGGUUUGCUAGCCGAGAAGCCCCUCAUGUGAGUGAAGGUGUACAAGAGGCAGAAAUACAGACUUCUCAGUGUUGACGGCGAGAAGCACGGUUAAAAGUGUGUUCCGGGGGACCGCUUGCAUUUGUACAUUUGUUGUACGUUGUACUAUAUAUUUUUUACUUUAUUGCUGCAUGUACAUUUUUCUUUUUCACAUUUCUCUUUUCAGUUAUGUUAUUCAUUUAUGCCUGUACCUGCUGACUUAAUGAUGAAAAACUUAGAGUAACGUGUCUACAUUUUUUUUUUCCUCCAGAAGUGUGGAUCUCAUAGACUAAAAACUAGCUUGUUGUAGUAUGCUUCCUUUCUGUAAUGGGAUCACAUUUCCGUAAGACGGCUGCUUUUUAGGAGUGGAGAGCCUUUGUCAAUAAAAAUGUCUUUUAAAAGUUGUAUUCAAUCAAAACUUAGACGGUGAACGAACUGUUUUACGGAUGUAACCCUGCAGCCCGAGUGAGCACUCUUCUUGCACGUGUCACCGGCAUCAUGUACUGUUUCUUUUGUUGAUUGUUAGUUUGCUGGGGAUGAAAGCACAAGUGAUCAUAUUCAGGCUGGUUAGAUUAGUGAUUUUAAUAUGAAACCAUUGCUUUUAGAAUAAUCAUGGGCCAGACUGGGAAGAAAUCUGAGAAGGGACCGGUUUGUUGGCGCAAGCGUGUAAAAUCAGAGUACAUGCGACUGCGGCAGCUCAAGCGGUUCAGGCGGGCUGACGAAGUGAAGAGUAUGUUUAGUUCCAAUCGUCAGAAAAUUUUGGAAAGAACGGAAAUCUUAAACCAAGAAUGGAAGCAGCGAAGGAUACAGCCUGUGCACAUCCUGACUUCUGUGAGCUCAUUGCGCGGGACCAGGGAGGCCAUUCACCUGCUCUUCCCUCUACGAUUUUCCAUAACACAGUUUUUACUUGGAACCAGCCUUCUGCCAAGAGUCUCAGUUUGGUUGUGUACUCCUACAACUACUAUUUUUGGCUUGACUUCCCUCUCCAGCUCCCAGUGGUCCAGCCACACAGUCGCCUAUUGUACCAGCUGGUUGAUGAACGAGAAUUGGAGAAUUCUGUUUGUUGAUGUAGGUCUCCUAGUGAGUUCCUGAGUCCAGGACACUUGACCGAUCAGGUAAAAUGCUUUGGAGACCCAUGAGGUCAAAACCCUUUUCAGUAUUCUGAAUGAUAUGAGACUUAAU